AUGCGUCUUGCUCAUUGCAUUCUGGGCUUUUUUGCCAGCUCGACGGCGUUGCUCUUUCCUAGAGAGCCGGCAGGAGUGGUUACCGCCGACCGUUACUCGUCUUGCACGGCUGAUCGCGGCUAUGUCACCGGCGACGCCAACCUUGCGGCGCACUGGCUGUACACCAAUGUGACACGUACCGGCGGCCUCCGACUUACUCAAGGCGAGUGUGUCUACGGGCGCCACAACACCACCAUCGUCUCUCUCUGCAAUGGGGCUGCCCGGAACCGCACCGUGACUCAGGGAGAAGUCAGACGUGGAAUUGAACAGCUUCAGAAGGACUGUGGUGCAGAUGGCGCAUUCAGCGGUAUCCAUGUGGUCAACAACCUGACCUUUUCAGCUUAUGGCGUCUUUGGCGGAAAGGACCUGGCUGCUCCCCAAGACAGGAGCCCUGGUGGGUCAUUUCGGCUGCACAAGUUCGCAAUACCAGCUUGCGAAGCGGCAGCGUUCACUGGAGUGGACAGGUAUGAUUGCCCCCAGAAAGAAGGGCACACCCUGAACCCCGAUGGCAGCUGUGGGGAGACGAACCCAGAUAACGGGUGCGCUGUGUAUUGUGAGGUGAAGCGGACCUAUUUCGUUGGUCCGGAAACCUUGAUUGAUGGACCUGAGGGAGACCGUGCAUCGGCAGGGCAGAAGAUCAAUAUUGUCAAAGGCAAGACCAUAACGGUAGGUGGUGGAGUGUCUAUUGGAGUAGAGGGGGUUUUAAAGGAAGUUAUUGGCGCUGGAGUGAAUUUUGAAUACAGCAUGGAAGUAUCGACAAGUACUGAGCAAGAAUGGGAGGGGCAACCUUCUACUGACCCCAAUGUUUGGGCUCGAUGGGUCACAUUCGCUAAGUAUGUGGAGUCUUGCGGAUCCGUCUCACGGCGAAGGCAUAUAAUGGCCUCGGUUGGGCCGCCAUCUCAACCGGCUCUUUGUGUGGACGAUUUGGAGACUAUCCCCAACGUUUGCUCCAUUACCCCCUGGAUCAAGGAUGGCAAACCGCAGGCUGAGUAUGUGCAAAGUGAGUCUAACCCUCUGAUUGCCUUGUUGGUCCAGGCCUCUUCCCGCCUUGGAGUCUCCAUUCUUCUUCUUUCAAUUCUCUCUGGAACGAUCCUUCAGAACUGA